CAUUAGUCAACUCUUGAACAGCAAUAAUAAUUAUACUAUAAAUUCGAUUUAUUUCUCCGAGCACCACCACAGGCCGCCGGCAGCCACCGCCUCACCAAUAUAAAUAGCAAAAUCCCACCACACUCAUAUGCACACUCCUCCCGGCCGCCCGCCGCCAUCCAUGGGCUGGGGGAACGUGUUCUUCACCCUGGUGGUCACCUUCUCGGCGGCGCUCAUCACUUACAACAUCAUCAUAUCCGCCAACGCCUCCCUCAAGGGGGACUUCCCCGGCCCCUCCUCGUCGGAGAAAUCGGCUCCAUCCUCCCCCUCCACGGUGGACCGCAUCAUUCGAUUGCCGCGCUCCGCCGGCGGGAAGAAGAGGCUCUUCCACACCGCCGUCACCGCCUCCGACUCGAUCUACAACACGUGGCAGUGCCGGGUGAUGUACUACUGGUUCAAGAAGCAGAAGGCCAUGAAUCCCGACUCCGAGAUGGGGGGUUUCACUAGGGUUCUGCACUCCGGGAAGCCGGACGGAUUCAUGGACGAGAUCCCCACCUUCGUCGCUCAGCCCCUGCCAGAUGGGAUGGACCAGGGGUACAUAGUCCUGAACAGACCAUGGGCAUUUGUGCAGUGGCUUCAGCAAGCCAAGAUUGAGGAAGACUACAUAUUCAUGUCUGAGCCAGACCACAUUCUGGUCAAGCCCAUCCCAAAUUUAUCCAGAGAUGGGCUGGGAGCUGCAUUCCCUUUCUUCUACAUUGAGCCUAAGAAAUAUGAAAAUGUGCUGCGAAAAUUCUUCCCCGAGGAAGAUGGGCCGAUAACUAAAAUUGAUCCCAUUGGAAAUUCUCCUGUGAUUGUGGGGAAGGAUGCUUUGAAAAAGAUAGCUCCCACUUGGAUGAACGUUUCUUUGGCUAUGAAGAAGGAUCCUGAGGCAGAUAAAGCUUUUGGAUGGGUUCUUGAGAUGUAUGGGUAUGCAGUUGCAUCAGCAUUACAGGGUGUGAGUAACAUCUUGCACAAGGAAUUCAUGAUUCAGCCUCCGUGGGACACGACAACCCGCGAGACCUACAUAAUUCAUUAUACUUAUGGAUGUGACUAUGAUUUGCAGGGUAAGAUGACUUACGGAAAAAUUGGAGAGUGGAGAUUUGACAAAAGAACAUAUAGCAAUAGCUGGCCUCCGAAAAAUCUUUCUUUGCCGCCUCCUGGUGUUCCAGAAAGUGUGGUUACACUGGUGAAGAUGGUGAAUGAGGCGACUGCCAAUAUUCCAAACUGGGGUUCCUAAAAUUCUAAUCCCAGUUUUCCCUGUAAACAAUUGUGCCAGUUUUAACUCGCUACUUUAGACCAACAAGAAUAGGACCUUAUUCCUCGCAUGAGCUGAAAGCAAGCUGCCUUUGAGUUUUUUCGGGCUCAAAUUCUGUUGUUUAAUUUGUAUUUGGAAUUCUCUGUGCUAGUUAUUACUAUACAUAUCAAUGGGGGAUGGUUGGGUGGGAUUUUGUAAAUCAUGAAGAGAAUAACACCAUCCUCUUUCNCUUUCUAGUUU